AUGUCAAAUGUUGGUAAAUCUACAAUAAUAAAUUAAUUAAUAUAAACAACUACAAAUUAAAUAAAAGAAAAAUAAUAGUAAAAUCAAGAGAGCUAUUCUUUGUACUGCAAAAAAUUUAACAAGAAUUAAUAAAUAUGUGAUGAACAUUUACUAAAUUUGAUGAAUAAUCUUUAUUUAAAUAUUCUAAAUAUUACAAAGGAACAACAACGACUUAAGUAGUAAAGAAUAAUAAGGAAUCUUUGAUUAUAGGUUGGAUGCAAUAAAGAUACAAUUAUUAAUAAUUUUAGACUAUUUAGUAAGAGAGAUAGAUUAAAAAUAGAUGAAAAAAGUAUGAUAAAUGUUAUUUUCUAAAUAAAGACCUAAAAAGACUGUAAGGGAAAGAGAUAAUCAUUAUAA